AUGGAGAGGGUCGUGGUGGUCUCCGAGGACGCCGCCGCCUCGGUCUCCUCCGGCCCGUCCUCCUCCUUCGCGGAAACCAGGGUCAUCUGCCGCGUAUGUCAGAAGCAGUUCGCGCAGUACACUUGUCCACGCUGCAACUCCCGCUACUGCUCGCUUACGUGCUACAAGGGGCAUAGUGUGCAAUGCACUGAGUCAUUUAUGCGUGAGAAUGUUACGGAGGAGCUUAAGCAAAUUCAGCCUGAAGAUGAAUCAAAAAGGAAGAUGCUUGAUAUACUCAGACGGUUCCACUUGGAAGAAGAAAUGGAGUCCGAUGGUGAAGAUGAGUCAAUGUUGUCAGAGGAGCUUAUUCAGAAAGCCAUCUCUGGUGACGAAAUCAAGCUUGAGGACCUCUCUGAUGAUGAAAUCAAACGAUUUCGUCAAGCUCUGGCCUCUGGUGAACUCAGCAAGAUGAUUGAACCAUGGACUCCAUGGUGGAAAAAUCCUUCUGCUCAGUCGAUCUCUCUUAGUCAUGAUGGGACCCAGCUUAUCAGACAAAUAAGUACAGACGAUACUACUUUAUCAGAUCCAAUGACCGCGUCAGAAUCUAUCAUCCAUGAAAUACCAGAAGGGCCAGAAUCUCCUCUCCCAUCACUCAAACAGCUAACCAGGGCAGAGCCAUCUCCUUUGCUCACUGUUCACUUAGUUGAUAUUCUCUACAGUUACUGCUUCACACUUCGCCUCUACAAUGGUGAUUGGCAGUCUGAUCCUUUGGGUGCUUCAACUGUUGCCUUGUCUAUGUCGAAAGUCAUGGGGGACGGCGCUAAACCUGAGACAGUAUCUGAAGCGCUCACGACGUGCAUAGAGGAGACAUGCUCCCCAGCUUACAGGCACACCGGAGGUUUCAGGUUUGCUAUUGGACUUGUGGAUGAUAUCAUCACAAUCCUCUCCUUAGGAGGCAAUGCAGUGGUUUGUGCAUUGUGUGACUUCCACAGGCUCUUCCAAGCUGGUGAGAGCAUCCUCAAGGAAGACAAAAUGGGCGAGACGGAAAAGGCACGGAGCUUCAAAAAGCUCCAUGCCGCGGGUAGGAAGCUGUUCUUCAUGACAUGCUGGGCUCAUGAGCAGCCAAGUGAGGCCUGGCCAUCGUUGGCUCGCAUCGUUGAGGUGCAGAAAGCGGCUUUUGAGGAGCUGGACAGUGGAAGCGGACUGAGGAAGGCAGGUAGAAAGAACAACCCUCAGUCCAAGGUUCUGAUCAACGCAGUACUGCUGGAAUAA